AUGUAUAGUGAAAAACUUAAAGAGUUACGUGUGGUUGACGGUUUUAAGUUCCGUUUUCAUCGCAUAAUGAAAAAUGAAAUUCAACGGUGGGCGUGUACAAAUAAAAGGUGUAAUGCAUUUUUAAAAUUUGAUACACAUGGUGUUGAAAUAGACAAUAAUCUUGAACAUAAUAAUCACGCGGCCGAUGAGAAACGAUCACUUGUGCGGCAGAAAUUAAGUAACAGUGUCAAACGUAAAGCGGUAGAGCAGCUAUGUGAACGUCCCAGCAAAAUUAUACAUUCUGAGAUUACAUCAGAUGAUUUAAAUAUAUUAGACUCAAAGGAUAUAAAUUUAAUCCGAAAAAAUAUUCACACUGCUCGUAUGAGUAAGUAUCCAAUAUUACCUAAAACACUUUUGGAAUUUUAUGCGAUGGUUCCCGACGUAGUAGAUAAAUUACACACCAAUGGAGGUGAAAAAUGGAUUAUUGACAUUGACAAUAAUAAAGGUGUUGUGUGCUUCUCUACAAUUAAAAAUUUAAAUUUUUUUAAAAAGUGUGAUGCUGUUUUGAUGGAUGGUACUUUUUCAAGCUGUCCAUCUCUGUUUAAUCAAUUGUUCGUGGUUCAUGGCGUAAAAAAUAAUAUUUACGUACCAUUAUUUUUUUGUUUAUUGAUGGGAAAAUCAGUUACUGAUUAUUGUACAGCACUCGAGUUUUUGAAACAGCGUUCACCACUACUACCAACCACUUUUCAUAUUGAUUUUGAACAAUCUAUCCACUCAGCUGUUCGUCUAGUAUGGCCAAUGAGCAAAAUAAAAGGGUGUCGGUUCCAUCUCGGACAAGCUUGGUACCGAAAAAUGCAGUCAUUAGGUCUAGCUAAAGUAUAUAGUACUGAAGGUGAAAAGGGGAACUUUUUAAAAACAUUUUUUGGUCUACUGUUUUUGUCACCAAACGAAGUGGAUGACUGCUUUACAGAUGACUUAAUGUCUACGAUGCCGGCUGACUGUACUGCUAUAAACGAUUUUGUAGAUUAUGUUUUUUUGAACUAUAUAAAUACUGAUUCUGCAAUGUUUCCUCCAGAAAUAUGGGCAGAAUUUUCUUCUUCUAUUUCACGAACCACAAACGCAUGUGAAAGUUUUCAUGCUAAACUUAAUGGUAUGUUUUAUCGUAGUCACCCUAAUAUAUACCAAUUGAUCGAGGCCUUAAAUGAAGUACAGACUAGUAGUUAUACUAAAAUGAAUUGUACUGCUGUACGAAAUUUAAAACGAGCAAAACAAACUGUAGACAAGGAGGAAUUUAUUAGCAAGAAAAUGUUGCAAUAUUCAAGUGGUGAAAUAAAUAGAAUAGCAUUUAUACAGGAUUAUGUGUCCAAUCUUUUAUCUCAAAAAAAAAUGCCAAAUGUCUAA